AUGGCGAGGCCUCAUAUGGAUACUAGAAGGCAAAAUUUUUGGACGGAGCUAAUUCAGAAAGAAGAUUACAUCAGAUUGACGUGGCAUGAAAGGUUUCGAAGAAUUAGAAAGGAGAAAGCGGAGCUCAAUUUCGCUACUAAGCCAGUAUAUCGAAAAGAAAUUACUAGGGCAAUUCAAAGUGAGAAACUGCCUAAGUUGACAAAUCUGGAGGCAUCAAGUACGCUAACGCGUAAGAUCAAAGUGGAAAGCGAUAAAGUGGAAAGCGACGGUCCUUCUGCGUCAGCAGUUUUAUUCGAAAUGCGCCCACCAUCAAGUAAAACGAAGUCUUUACUUUAUAAAGGGUAUAGUGCUAUUGGAGAAGGACGGGCAGCUUAUUUGCAAGCCAGAAAAAUUGUUAAUCCUGAAGGAAAAUAUGAGUUCCCUCUAACUUCGAGUCUCGAAUACGGAUGGAAAAUUUCUGAUGUUAAUUCUGAUAUUAAACAAACAAAAUUUGGUAGAUCUAGAAUUGUCAAAGAUUCCUUUUAUAGGUCUAAUGGAGUCUUCGGUGGAAAUUAG